UAAUGAAUAGUGAAAAUUAUAAGACAGAAAUACAUAAUAUGAUUGCAAAUGGUAAGGAUCCAAAAGACAUGGUUAUUUAAAUGUGUAGACCAUAAUGCAAAUGGUAUGAUGAUAAGUACGACAGAUGUGUAAAAGCCUUCCUUUCCCUGAAAAAUGCUGAUCCUGAAAAGAAUUGUGUAUUAUUUUUAUUUAUAGUAAGAUGUAUCCUUAUAGAGACUUGGUGACUUGUGUUGAAGCUUGCGUUUAACCAAAAAUCCAGCAUGCUUUAAGAGGAAAUGAACAUGGUUCAAUAUUUGCAUGAA